GCUAACAGUAGGAAUGGUUUGAUCUUGGAAAUUUCCUCUUAAAGCUGGUACUCAUUAACAGAGGAUAUAUGAAGCAUUUUACAGAGGAAGAAAUACCACAUGACUACAAUGUCCCACAUUCUGUCCAUUUUUCCCCGCCCUCUAACACUCAGCUGACUGAAGAGGCUGGUGCUCUGAGACAAACACAAAAGCCUAGUGGUCAACGCGAGGUGGGUGACGUGGUGGAUAUCUUGGCCUCAAAGUCGUGACGGACCUAGCACAUCCUUCCACCCCUUUGGACUAGUGGGGGUUAUCCCAGUUCACCACAGAUGAAUAUACUACUCUAGGACUGUCCUGAGUACAUCCCGAUAACGAGGCCUUCGAAAUAAGCCAUGAGAACAUUUGUUAUUGGUAUAGGAGGUGUGACCAAUGGUGGGAAAACAACACUUGCAAACAAACUGCACAAAUCACUUCCGAAUUGCAGCCUAGUCUGCCAGGAUGAUUAUUUUAAGUCCGAAGCAGAUGUUGAAACAGAUGAAAGAGGAUUUAAAAUGUAUGACGUACUUGAAGCCUUGAAUAUGGAUGACAUGAUGACCACUGUACAUUCCUGGAUAAAACACUCUAAAGAUGCUGGGACCACAAGACAAAACCAAAACGAUAUCCCUAGAAAAUCAGAUGGAGUCUACUUUUUAAUUAUUGAAGGUUUUCUUCUAUAUUCCUACAUGCCCUUGGACAAUGUGUUUAAUAAGAAAUACUUUCUGACUAUUCCAUAUGAAGAAUGCAAAAAACGUAGGAGUACUCGAGUGUAUGAACCACCAGAUCCUCCGGGCUAUUUUGAUGGACACGUGUGGCCUAUGUAUCUUAAGCACAACGACCAGAUGGAAAAGGCUGAAAGGGGAAUAGUUUACUUGGAUGGAACCAAGUUGGAAGAUGACAUUUAUUCUUUUGUUUUUGCUGAUAUAAGAAAUGCAGGGCUGCAUCGGAGAAGCGGGUGCCAAGCAGGGCGUGUAUCUCUGGCAGGCAUACCGGUAUGCUGUAACUGGGCCUUGCUGCAGCUCACAGGGAGGUGGGAAGAGCGGCAGCAUCCAACCGCUCCUCACAGUGGUUCCCAACCCAUUCCUCAAGUACUAAAUCCUGGACUGUUAGGGGUUACUUGAGAAUUGGGUUGGGAACCACUGCUCUAGAUUCAUGGCAACCGAGACUCGGUGUGAUGCCAUACCUGGCAGCCAACAAAAGGCAGAGUGAGCAUGGGACAGGCUGCUGCAGGCAAUCUUUACUGUGUGUGAGUAUCAGAGGAUGUGUAGUUGUUGUGUGUAUGGGUC